AUGGAAAUUACUUCAAACCCUGUAGUUUAUAAAAUUAUAUUAGGUGUAUCAGGCCUCUAUAUGUUGGCUUUAAAUAGAUAUUUUAGUAAGUAUUAUUAUAAAUCUAACUAUUAUAAAUUAGAUAUUACAAUUAAAGAGAAUAAGUAUAAAAAAACAAUCCUGCUUUCUUUGAUUAUGUUUAUUCCUAUUAUUAUGCAUAAAUUAGCAUCCUUAACAAAAGACACACUAGAAAAUCAGAAUUCAAGUUAUUUUCUAGUGUUGUGUUUUGAAUUUUUAUUUAUGUUAACAUUUACUGACAAACCUUUCAAAAUAUCUAAAAAGACAUCUUUUCUUUCUGUGAUUGGAAUAUUAGAAAUUGUGAAGUCUUUUAUGUUUAUAAAUAAUGAUGAAAGUUUUAUACCGCUAUUUAACAUCUUCAUAACAACUUCUAUUUGUAUUUUAUUGAUAGUAAAUUGUAUUUUAAAUUUAGCUCAAUAUGGAAAUCGUAAUAUCGAACAAACUAGAUUCAAUGAAAAUUUUAGAUACAUUAAUAGAAAUAUAAUUCCACUUAACUAUGACACAUCUCUCAUUGAACAGGUUGAAACUAUUUCAACUCUUUAA